UGGUUUCAGACGUUUUAGUUUUCCUAAUUAUUCUCUACAUAUCUGAACACUAGUCCCCUGAAAGGAACCUAGGAAUCCAUUGAAAACUGCAGGUUUAGGGGGGUUUUAUUUCUUUGAGAACAUCAAAAGGCCUACAAGUUCUAUAUCUCUCAUUCACUUAUUGUACAAAUCAUUGUUUCUAAAUGUUUCUGUAUAAGAUUUAUACUCACACUCACAUGGUUAUGUCUUAUCAACAGAAAUUCUAAUCCACGAGCUGGUUAGUAGAGUAUUGGUUACCAACUUUGUGACCCCUUAUGAUCACAUAAAACAAAGACAGAAGCAUGUGUUCUGUCUGUUUGGUUUCUCUAAUCUAUCUAAACUCCUAAAGUUUCUCCUUUAUAUAUAGCCUAACAAGCCUAUUGGAUUCUUCAUCAACCAUAACUUGCAUUCAAAGAGUUCUAAAACACAGCUUACAAGUCUCUUUUACUUUCCAAUCUGAAAACAAAAAAAACUCUUCCCUGAAAAUAAUGAUGAACACAAAGAAGCUCAUGAAAAUGGCCAAGAAAUGGCAACAGAGAGCAGCCUUAAGCAGGAAAAGAAUCUCAUUUCAGAGAUCAACUUCUUCUACUACUAGCAGAUCAAUCUCUGCAGAGAAAGGCUGUUUUGUGGUUUACACAUCCGAUAAAAUACGCUUUGCGUUUCCAAUAAGUUACCUGAACAACUCUGUUUUCCAAGAGCUCUUGAAGAUAUCUGAAGAAGAGUUUGGUCUCUCCACUAGUGGACCAAUCACAUUGCCAUUCGAUUCAUUUUUCUUUGAGUAUCUCAUCAAUUUGAUCCAAAGGCGAAUAGACGGAGACACAGAAAAGGCUUUGUUAAUGUCAAUCUCUAGUGCUAGAUGUUCUUUGCAACAACAAGAACAGAGUCGUCAACAGUUGCUUGUAUUCUAGAGAAUUAGAGUGUAGCAAUUUUCUUGUGUCUGUAAAGAUUCUACUGUAUUAGAUUAGACAGAUUAUUUCAGAAAUACAAACUAUUACUUAUGUUUCUCUU